GAAUAUCAUCAUGGCCAAACCUUAUGAAUUUAACUGGCAGAAGGAAGUCCCUUCCUUUUUGCAAGAAGGAGCAGUUUUUGACAGAUAUGAAGAGGAAUCAUUCGUCUUUGAACCCAACUGCCUCUUCAAAGUGGAUGAAUUUGGCUUCUUUCUGACUUGGAAAAGUGAAGGCAAGGAAGGACAAGUGCUGGAAUGUUCCCUCAUCAACAGUAUUCGGCUGGGAGCCAUACCAAAGGAUCCCAAAAUCCUGGCUGCUCUGGAAGCUGUUGGAAAAUCAGAAAAUGAUCUGGAAGGGCGGAUAGUUUGCGUGUGCAGUGGCACAGAUCUUGUGAACAUUAGUUUCACGUACAUGGUGGCUGAAAACCCAGAAGUAACGAAGCAAUGGGUAGAAGGCCUGAGAUCAAUCAUACACAACUUCAGGGCCAACAACGUCAGUCCAAUGACCUGCCUCAAGAAACACUGGAUGAAAUUGGCAUUUAUGACCAACACAACUGGUAAAAUUCCAGUUAGGAGUAUCACUAGAACCUUUGCAUCCGGGAAAACAGAGAAGGUGAUCUUUCAAGCACUCAAGGAGUUAGGUCUUCCCAGUGGAAAGAAUGAUGAAAUUGAACCUGCUGCCUUUACUUAUGAAAAGUUCUAUGAACUGACACAAAAGAUUUGUCCUCGGACAGAUAUAGAAGAUCUUUUUAAAAAAAUCAAUGGAGACAAAACUGAUUAUUUAACGGUAGACCAAUUAGUGAGCUUUCUAAAUGAACAUCAACGAGAUCCUCGACUGAAUGAAAUUUUAUUCCCAUUUUAUGAUGUUAAAAGGGCAAUGCAGAUCAUUGAGAUGUAUGAGCCUGAUGAAGAUUUGAAGAAAAAAGGACUCAUAUCAAGUGAUGGGUUUUGCAGAUAUCUGAUGUCAGAUGAAAAUGCCCCAGUCUUCCUAGAUCGUUUAGAGCUUUACCAGGAAAUGGACCAUCCUCUGGCUCACUACUUCAUCAGUUCUUCCCAUAACACCUAUCUCACUGGCCGACAGUUUGGUGGGAAGUCUUCGGUAGAAAUGUACAGACAAGUUCUCCUGGCUGGUUGCAGGUGUGUUGAACUUGACUGUUGGGAUGGAAAAGGUGAAGAUCAAGAACCAAUAAUAACUCAUGGAAAAGCAAUGUGUACAGAUAUACUUUUUAAGGAUGUAAUUCAAGCCAUCAAGGAAACUGCAUUUGUCACAUCCGAAUAUCCUGUAAUUCUCUCCUUUGAAAAUCACUGCAGCAAAUAUCAACAGUACAAGAUGUCCAAAUAUUGUGAAGAUCUAUUUGGGGAUCUCCUGUUGAAACAAGCACUUGAAUCACAUCCACUUGAACCAGGAAGACCGUUGCCAUCCCCCAAUGACCUCAAAAGAAAAAUACUCAUCAAAAAUAAGCGACUAAAACCUGAAGUUGAAAAGAAACAGCUUGAAGCUUUGAAAAGCAUGAUGGAAGCUGGGGAAUCUGCAGCUCCAGCUAGCAUCUUAGAGGAUGACAAUGAAGAGGAAAUAGAAAGUGCUGACCAAGAGGAGGAAGCUCACCCUGAGUUCAAAUUUGGAAGUGAACUUUCUGCUGAUGACUUGGGUCAUAAGGAAGCUGUUGCAAAUAGUGUCAAGAAGACUUCAGAUGACCUUGAACAUGAAAACAACAAAAAGGGCCUGGUUACUGUAGAGGAUGAGCAGGCAUGGAUGGCAUCUUAUAAAUAUGUAGGUGCUACCACUAAUAUCCAUCCCUAUUUGUCCACCAUGAUCAAUUAUGCACAGCCAGUGAAGUUUCAAGGUUUCCAUGUGGCUGAAGAACGCAACAUUCAUUAUAACAUGUCUUCUUUUAAUGAAUCAGUUGGCCUUGGCUACUUGAAGACACACGCGAUUGAAUUCGUGAAUUACAACAAACGGCAAAUGAGUCGCAUUUACCCCAAGGGAGGCAGAGUCGAUUCCAGUAAUUACAUGCCUCAGAUAUUCUGGAACGCUGGAUGCCAGAUGGUUUCACUGAACUAUCAAACCCCAGAUUUAGCCAUGCAAUUGAAUCAGGGGAAAUUUGAGUAUAAUGGAUCGUGCGGGUACCUGCUCAAACCAGAUUUCAUGAGGCGGCCUGACAGAACAUUUGAUCCCUUCUCUGAAACCCCUGUGGAUGGGGUUAUUGCAGCCACAUGCUCGGUGCAGGUCAUAUCAGGGCAGUUCUUAUCAGAUAAGAAGAUUGGCACAUACGUUGAAGUGGACAUGUAUGGGCUGCCCACCGACACCAUACGAAAGGAAUUCCGAACUCGUAUGGUUAUGAACAACGGGCUCAAUCCAGUUUACAAUGAAGAAUCAUUUGUGUUUCGGAAGGUGAUCCUGCCAGACCUGGCUGUCUUAAGAAUAGCAGUAUAUGAUGACAACAACAAGCUGAUUGGCCAGAGGAUCCUUCCGCUGGAUGGCCUCCAAGCAGGCUAUCGACACAUUUCCCUUCGGAAUGAGGGAAACAAACCAUUAUCACUGCCAACAAUUUUCUGCAAUAUUGUUCUUAAAACAUAUGUGCCUGAUGGGUUUGGAGAUAUUGUGGAUGCUUUAUCAGAUCCAAAGAAAUUUCUCUCAAUUACAGAAAAGAGAGCAGACCAAAUGAGAGCUAUGGGCAUUGAAACUAGUGACAUAGCUGAUGUGCCCAGCGACACUUCCAAGAACGACAAGAAAGGAAAGGCCAACCCAGCCAAAGCCAAUGUGACCCCUCAGAGUAGCUCCGAGCUCAGACCCACCACCACAGCCGCCCUGGGCCCCGGCGUGGAAGCCAAGAAAGGCAUUGAACUUAUCCCUCAAGUGAGGAUAGAAGAUUUAAAGCAGAUGAAGGCUUACUUGAAGCAUUUAAAGAAACAACAGAAAGAGCUAAAUUCUUUAAAGAAGAAACAUGCAAAGGAGCACAGUACCAUGCAGAAGUUACAUUGCACGCAAGUUGACAAAAUUGUGGCUCAGUACGACAAAGAGAAGUCCACUCAUGAGAAAAUCCUGGAGAAGGCAAUGAAGAAGAAGGGGGGAAGUAAUUGUCUUGAAAUGAAAAAAGAAACAGAAAUUAAAAUUCAGACCCUGACAUCAGAUCACAAAUCAAAGGUCAAAGAGAUUGUAGCACAGCACACAAAGGAGUGGUCAGAAAUGAUCAACACCCACAGUGCUGAGGAGCAAGAAAUACGGGACCUGCACCUUAACCAGCAGUGUGAACUACUGAGAAAGCUACUAAUCAAUGCUCACGAGCAGCAAACCCAGCAGCUGAAACUGUCCCAUGACAGGGAAAGCAAGGAAAUGAGAGCCCACCAGGCCAAGAUUUCUAUGGAAAACAGCAAAGCCAUCAGCCAAGACAAAUCUAUCAAGAAUAAAGCAGAACGGGAAAGGCGAGUCAGAGAAUUAAACAGCAGCAACACUAAAAAAUUUCUAGAAGAAAGAAAGAGACUUGCAAUGAAGCAAUCCAAAGAAAUGGAUCAAUUGAAAAAAGUCCAACUUGAACACCUAGAAUUUCUAGAGAAGCAGAAUGAGCAGCUUUUGAAAUCCUGUCAUGCAGUGUCCCAAACGCAAGGCGAAGGAGAUGCAGCAGAUGGUGAAAUUGGAAGCCGAGAUGGACCGCAGACCAGCAACAGUAGUGUGAAACUCCAAAAUGCAAACUGAAGCAGCAAAACCACAAAUCAUCAGAAGAUUGCACCCAACUUCAGAACACAAACUCCAUGGACAAAAGCUAUUUUCUUUAUGUAUAGACAAGAUGUUACCUGAAACCACACACACACACAAAAAAAAAAAAAAAAAACCUUGGAAUGACACAUACUUCUAUUUAUCAGUUUGAGUAUUGAAUUUUCUUGGCUGAACCAAAAGUAGCUGCAAAUCCACAGAAAUCUAUUCCAGUAAGGCAGAGUUUAACCAUUGAUAAAACAACUUAAACAUGUUUGCUAUAAGAUAUCAUCACAAGUAAAUGAGCUUGGUGUUAACAACUCUGCUUCGUGAUGCAUUAGAACAUGUUUGAGCUGCAAUUUAAAAAAAAAAAAAACAAAAAACAGUGCAUUAGCAAUUUCAUAGCAAGUGCAUGCACUAUAAGAAAAGCAAAAACUCUGUCUACAAAUUCAUGAGCAGAAGUGGUGGUCUGCUAAACAAAUAAUUUUGCAGAAUUUUUCUAUAUCUAAGUUACCUCAUCAGUAAGUGCCAUGUCUUUACCAUGCCGUCAGAAGCUAAUUUCCUGUAAAAGUUGUGAAAGUUAUUAGAACAAUAGAGAAAUAUAACCGAAGAGUAGACCUGUGCCAAAACUCAUCAGUGCUCAGAGGGAAACUCUGUUAGGAUCAUUUAAGAAAGUUUACAUCUGACCCUGCUUUAUAGGAAUUGCUUCUUCAGAUUCCAGAUAUUAGAAUUCACUAUUAUACCAUAAAGAUUGUGAAGUGGUUAUUGGCAAACGUUUGUAUAUGUGAUCAUGUAUAAAGUAUUUAUACUCCUUAAUUCACACUGUUAUAGAGCAAAAUCAUCUAAAUAUUGCCACAUGACAAGAUUAGUACAGGAAUACUAGAAUAUGUUUUGCAUGAUACACAAGCACCAGUUAAGACUAACUUGUUCAGACACAGUUAACCUAAUGCCAAAUAAAUACUGGUUAAAUACAUGUAUGGCACAGAAUAUAAUUUGACUAUCAAGACUUUUAGCAUAAUGAAAAAGUCUAUAUAUAUGUGUAUAUGAAUUAUGUGGGCAUUCUUGAUACUUCAAGUUCUAGUUUGAAAAAAAAACAUAACUAAUUUAAUUUUACACAAAAAUAUUUAUGCAGAUUUUCAGAAUUUCAUAUCAGGAAAUACCUUUUUAUGUCUGUUAAAUAUUCAAACAAUUUGCUACAGUGUUAAUUUGCAUGGUCCAAGCCUGCUGUAGUUGCAAUGCAGAGAGUGCAUGAAGAAGUACAGGGCUGGGAAACCUGCGAAGGCACCAAGCCUCAGAAGGGUGCACGGAGACCUGGCAUCCUUGAACUAAUGAGAUCGCUGAUUCUAGGACACAAAACGCCAACGGAAUUGUAUAUGCUUGUACAGAUUGAUCCUGUGUGUUCCUCUGAACAAACCAGAGAAAAUGAUGAUAUCAUCAAUACUGAAAUUCAACUUCCAACUUCUCUAAUAAAAAAUGAAAACACA